CUGCCGGCCAAGGAAGAAGGUUCCCUCCGCUGGCUCGUUCCAGUGCCAGGCUGUAUGGAACUUUAGCUGCCUGGAAGUUUUCCUGUGCGACAUUUAAGGAAACGCCAUAUACAGUUAUUUGGAUCAAGCGGAUAUGUCUUCGUCCUUUUAAGGAAACCCACAGGAUGUGAUUAAAUUCUCGCACAUGCGGAGAGCGCGAAAGUAUCUUGUGUUUCAGAAUGAAGUCGUCCGAACUGACUCGUCUUGUCAUGGAAGUCCGCAACAGACAGAGAGAUUCCGAUUAAUAUGCAAAUCAAUAAAUACCUUACGAUCGCGAUUCUCUUUGGAAUCGGGCCUUCAAGGGCGGCAUGGCCUGCGUUGACAGGUACACCUCCAACUGCCUGAGCCCCGAGGAGAGAUCGGAGCUGGAGAUGCACCUGAAGGGGGCGAGUCGUUUUCUGGCCUUUCUCUGCGACGACCCCGUUUUCCAAAAAGACUAUUUGUCGCACGGGCCGUGCUUGCGGGAUGUGAGCAGCGACUGGGAGAAAUGCCACUUCCACUUCAAGCGCCUCGUGAGUCUUCAACACCAGGCCACCAACAUCACAGCCGCCGUCAGGGACCACAAUUUAUGCUGCAUCCGUGAGGGCUUCUUGUCCUGCGUGUACAGAGUCGGCUACUUCCGGUGCCAAAAACCCGAAGCCCUCUUCCUGAAGAAGGUAACGGCGACGCUGUCUUACAACGACAUUCAGGCGGAGAAAUUGUCGGCAUGUCAAACAGAAAGACUUGCUCACGCGCAAGCGACCGUUUCUUCAGCGUUCAGUACCGUUUGGAUGUCAUUAGUAGCGAGUUCUUUGCUCUUUGACAGUUGCAGAGCUCUGCCUGGCUUCUUCUUCUAUAAACUCUGA